AUGUGCUGUUCAUCCAGUUCCCCGCCGUCAUUCACUGUUGAGUCCCGCGUUAUCACAACAGCUGUCAUCAAUGAAUCGGUUUUUUCAGCUCUUCUUUAUGUCGUCAAAUUUGUUUUGUAUCACCUGCUCACAAAGCAGAACAGUUUUGUUUUGUCAUUUUGCAGAUGUCAUUUGACAAUUACGGUCAACCUCGCACUUAUACUCGUGUCAAAGUUGUGGCAGGCAAAAAUGUCUGCCAUCUUAGCGGCAACAAGAAGGAAAGAUGGUGGAGUUUCUUCAUCGGGCACCGCAUCUGGUCACUCCACGUCCAACAACAACAAACCGUUCUCUCUGGCAUGCCACGAAACUUUAAAGAACCAACCAUCCAAUGUUUCAACUUCAAAGAAGUCUCAAGAGUCAGGUGAUUUUUUAAUGUCUGGUCUCAAUCACGAGGAAGUCAAGAAUGAAUUUAAGCGAAUUUAUAAGCAGUUGGAAGCUUAUAAUAAAACCAAACCAUCAAGAAAAGACGUUGCCCAGCUGACCAGCAAGAAACAGUCCACAUCUAAAAAGCAAGGACACAGGCGUUUUUCUUUGCAUAAUUUCCACCACAAUCGACAUAACAAGCACCACAAUCCCCAAAUCGGCGAACGCACAAAAUGUUUGGAAGAAUCGGUUGACAGGGAGCAAGGAGCAAUCGAUGUAAUGAAAGUUACUCCAGAGGAAUCUUCUACGAGCGCUGAAGGGCGGGUUGCAGUUGUUGCCACUGGAAGCGGUUUGAAUGGAGCAAGCAGUGGUUUUAAUUCAAGUGGACCCGAUGUUCGGACAAGUUUCUUGGGAGGCGAAGAAAUUGCUGGCGGUGCAAUCUCUUCAGAAAAUGAAGAAGUUCCGUGAUUGCUGGAAUUAAAAAAAGAAUGUAGCUUGCUGGCCAAUUUAUUUGCAUCUGUUUUGCAAAAGAUUUUCUUGUUAGCAUGACGUUACAUGUGGCU